GAGAGAGAGAAAAAAAAAUCAGACAGGAAUGCAACACUUGUGGGCAGGCCUACAGUUUCAGGUGGCAUCCCCCUAUCCAGGCAUCGCUCAAAACUCUCGGCCAAUCAGACGCCAGUUGCGGUGUGAAUCUUCCCCCCUCUCUUGAUUCCUCUGUUUUAAAUGUUCCGGGAAGGGGGCUUUGGGGGGUUUACUAUCGCUUAAAAGCUGAUUACAUGCUUACCUCUCAUACCAUACUGACUUAUCUGUAAAGCUAGGAAGAUAACUGACCAUUUUACUGGUGGAUUUGCGCCAAUUUGGGCAGAUAUAGGUAGCCUUGUUGAAAAGGAAAGCGAGGACUGUUACUCGAUUGCUUUUGGAAAGACAGGAGGAUUUAAUUUGCUUGUCAACAUGAAGAUGCAACUGCUAGCUGUUUGUCUUUUAAUGCCAAUUUUGGCAUGUUCUGCCCAGUUUGACUGGCUGCUGAAUUACAGACAACUCAAUGCCGGGGCACCGCAGAGACAGACAGAAUUUGGUUUCAUGAAACCAAGUACCACUCCUAAACCCUUCGGUAUGGUACCAAAGCAACGCAGAGAUGGCAACCUCUUUGGCCUUGGCGCCGCCGCCAAUGACUUUGCCGGGGGCAGCAGUACCGGUAGCUACACGCCCUUGGACACUGCACCCGUGGAAAACCCUGCUUUAGCGGGUACAGGCGACACCUCUGGUAACGGGGGAAGCGAUUGGGGCAUCAACACGGGAGGCGCCGAUUACGGUGGAAACAGCGGCGGCACUGGACAUGGUGGUACUGGCGGUGUAUCGGGCGGCGCCGGUGGAGGAAUGGGCGGUGGUAGCGGUGUUGCUGGUGGCUCCUUUGCUGACGGUGGUAACCCAGGUUACGAUGAUAGCAUGCAGAACCUUGCCAAUGGGGCAUCUGCGGGAAGCAUCGCCGGUAUCGUCAUUGGUGUCAUCAUCCUCUUGAGUGUGUUGGCUGGCGUCUCCUUCUUCGUCAUGAGGCAAGUCCACCGAAAGGUGCAGGCGAACGUGACAUCGACGCGAGCAUAAAAAACUGCACCUUAUAGACUUUACUAAUGCUGCUUUUCCAAUUAUUCAACAUUUGAAACAAGUUGGAAUCUCUUUUAUGCUACUGAUUGACUUGAUUAGAAUAUCCAGCUCUCUGAAUAUCUACGAGAAGAACCAUGUAGCCAUAUAAUAGAAACUGGAAAUUCUUGAAAAUUUCCUCAAUAGUGGCCAGUGACAUAAUAUUGGUAAAUACUUUCAGGAUUGAAAUAUUCAUUUUCCCAUUGACAAAACUGUAUUUCCAAUACAUUUGAGGUCACAAAGAAAAUGUUACUGUCAGGUCUCUAAGCCCAUUCUCUCGAAUUUUGUAAACGGAUUUUUAUUAGAUAUUAAAGGCAUCAUUUAACAAUGUUAAAUCUGAGAUGCACGGCCCUACG